AGUUAAAACAAUUCCCACACAAUUUCACGAGAAAGUGCGUGUGUGACUGUGUGAGAGACAAGGAAAAAAGUUGAAGGAAGUUGAGCGGGAAUUCUGUCAAGGCUUUCGAAUAUGGCGUCACACCUAGCGGAUAAGCCUGUCAUUCAGGAACUACCUACUUCUCAAACUACCAAUUUUGAUCAAGUUGUUACCAUCGAACUCCCCGCUCCUCAAGGAUGGACCAAGAAGUUCAUCCCGAAGAAGGGUGGAACUGGAACCCCUCGACGGAAUGAGAUUGUAUUUAUUGCACCAUCUGGUGAAGAAAUCAAGAAUAAGAGACAAUUGGAGCAAUAUCUGAAAACCCAUCCUGAUGGUCCUUGUUCAUCCAAGUUUGACUGGGGCACAGGUGAUACUCCCCGUCGUUCUGCUAGAUUAAGUAGCAAAUCAAGAGAAACAGACACACCAGAAAGUGGUUCGCGGCAGAAGAAAUCACGCUCAAACAAGGAAGAGACUGAUGGAGUUGAGUCUGCAGCUGCUGAUAGGGAAGAUGAUGAUGAUAAGACUGGGACUGGGGAUGAGAAAGAUGUGGAGAUGAAAGAUAACAACACUGAAGAGGAGAAAGCUGAGGAACAGAAAGAAGUUGAUGGUAAACUGGAAGAGCUGGAAAACUCUCAAGUACCAGAAGAGAAUAAGAAACACGAAGAAAACAAAGUGGAGACUAGUCAAGGGAAAGAGCAACCUGAGAAAAAUAAACCAGAAGCAGUUGAAAAACCUUGUGAUGUUGAAUUGCAAGGAGACACCAAUAAUGCAAUUCCAGUUGAAAACACAAAGGAGCCAACUGUAGCUAUCGUUCAGCCUGAGGAAGAUGUCUCCUUAUUAAACACAGAGAAAGAAGAAAUUGAGGGAUCUAAACAGCCACAGAAUAAAGUCAGUUUGGUCCAAGUUGGUAACACUGAUCAGGAGAAUCAACCCCUAAAUCCUGAUCAGGAGAAUCAACCCCUAAAUCCUGAUCAGGAACCGAGUGCGACUCAACCAAUUAGCUGUUGAGAUACAUCUAUCCUUGUUAGUCAAUCUUAGUAUUCUUAUUUUUGAACUGCAGUUUUAGUCCCAGAUGUUGUAACACUUGUAUCUGUUAGGCCUUGGAAUAGCAGUUUGACGAAGGGCUGUAUCGUCAGUCUGUUGUGUUCGUCAUAAUUAGGCGCUUAACUUCUGACAUUUUACUUCGGAAGCUCAUGUCUCCUUCCAAUACGUACAUUAGAUCAAAUUGUAAUUUUGUAACUCAUUUGCACUGGCAUGUGAUUAAAUAUUUGGGUGGCUUUUCCAA